CACCAAAAUCCAACACUUGAUAGUUGAUACACUCAAAACGCUUACCUGCAAAAGGGAAAUCGUUUUGACAGUUCCUUGUCUGAUUUUUGUUCCACAAAUCCCAAUCUCUGGUACUAACAAGUGAGAAAGAUGGAUAAAGUGCUGGGGGGAAAGAGAAGUUAUUUGGCGAUGAAGACUGAUUACGCAGCAGCCAACGAACUCAUCACUUCUGACUUGAAAGAUGUCGGGAACGCGGUGAAAAAGCUAGCCAAUCAUGCUGUCAAGCUUGGUGGCCUUGGAUUUGGGACUUCCUUUCUCAAAUGGGUUGCUGCUGUCGCUGCCAUUUACUUGCUAAUCUUGGACCGCACAAACUGGAAAACCAACAUUCUUACAUCCCUCUUGAUCCCCUACAUUUUCCUCAGUCUUCCUUCAUGGUUAUUUAGCCUGCUCAGGGGAGAACUUGGAAAGUGGAUUGCUAUUAUUGCUGUUGUGCUACGCCUAUUCUUUCCCCGACAUUUCCCAGAUUGGUUGGAAUUGCCAGGAGCUUUGAUCCUUCUGAUUGUGGUGGCUCCUAGCUUCUUUGCCGUAACCAUAAGGGGCAGCAUUGUGGGAGUAUUUAUUUGCUUGGCCAUCGGGUGUUACUUGCUGCAGGAACAUAUCCGAGCAUCUGGUGGGUUCAGGAACUCCUUUACAAAGAGCAACGGCAUUUCAAACUCUAUUGGGAUACUGCUCCUCUUCUUAUAUCCAGUUUGGGCACUCGUACUUUUCCUUCUUUAGAACAUUAAUGGAGCUUAGGCCGAUAUUUCUGUUUGGAACAUACAUGAUAUAUUUGUGAAGGUGUGAAAAAAUUGAUGCGAGUCCAAUUGGUUUUGUUGUGACAAAGUGUGUUUGCUGGUUGUUUGAUAGUACGGUAUUAUAUGUUCAGCAGUCUGUAAAAAGAAACCGAUUCAUGAAUGUGUAUCAAAUUUUAUGCGUUUGCUCUUGAAA